AGCACGCGGCGCUCGCUGCACGCUGCACUCGGAGCCCGCGAGCAGCGGAACAGCGCCCCCUACCGGCAGCACCGAGCCGCGCAGAGCCGCGUUACCAGCGCGGAGCCGCCCGCCCCGCCCCUCUGAGGGUCCUGGAAGCGCUCAAAGCCAAACGGAGAAAACAACGGCCCCAACCGAUGCUAUCUACCAGAGCGUUGUUGCGCUAUAGGAGCUUUUUGCGCGUGCGGUGUGUGCAAAAACGUGUUGCUGCCAUUUACCCGGAGCACUAAGUGAUUCCUGGAAAACUGGUGGUGAACUGGAUUCCACGAGUUGCUAGGACCGAACCUGUUACUGGUGUGAUGUUAACGGGAGCUUAUUGCCAUCGCUAAAGCCUUCAGCAGGCCUGAAGUUUUUGCAAAGCACUUAGGGAGGAAGCAGGACUCUGCGUCUGAAACGGAUUAUUUUUAUUUUCUUAAUUAUUGUUGGAUCUACUGCACUUCGUCACAGCAAGGAGAGGAAGAAGAGGGAAGGAGGAAGCGAGGAGAGAAAGAGGAGAGUAUUAAAAGAGUCGUGGAAAAGGAUGUCGGACAAAGAUAUCUGGUGGUCACACAAAAGGAAACAAAGAUCAGUCUACUACAUAAGAAUCUUCUCCACGCAGAUGGAAAUGAUGCUAUCAGCUCAAACCUCCAUGGGGCGUGUAUUGAUGAUACUGGUGUUCCUUCUGAAUAUUGGCACGCUCAUCAUUUAUUUUAUCGAUCUCGCUGAAGCAGAGCAAUCCGCGUUCUCCUUUCCAGGCGGACUCAUUUAUGUGGAUACAUUCUUCCACGCUUUCUUCAUCUUUUACUUUGGAUUACGGUUUGUGGCGGCUGAUGACAAGCUGAGGUUCUGGCUUGAGCUGAAUUCGCUCGUGGAUUUCUUCACAGUCUCUCCAGUUUCUGUUCCUGCUUUCUCAAGCAGGAAUUGCUUCGGUCUGCGUUUUUUGAGAGCACUUAGGCUGUUAGACCUUCCCCGCAUCCUGCAGAUCCUCAGGAUCACCAAGGACGAUUACUCAAUCAAGCUCUCCAAGCUCUUUGCUGUGUUUAUCAGCACGUGGCUCACAGCUGCAGGAUUUAUUCACCUGGUAGAAAACAGCGGAGAUCCUUGGAUCCAGCCUGCAAAUUCCCAGCCCCUCACCUACUUCAAGUGCAUGUACCUAGUCAUGGUCACUAUGUCCACCGUCGGUUAUGGAGAUAUCGUGGUUCAAACAGCCUUGGGUCGAACCUUCAUUUGUUUCUUCAUUAUUGCUGGCUUGGUCCUCUUUGCAAAUUUGAUUCCUGAAGUUUUGGAAAUUGUUCAAAGCCGUAAAAGUUACAAAUCCUCCUAUGAAGUGAUGAGUGGGAAAAACUUUAUCGUUGUCUGUGGUAAUGUCACUCUGAAGAGCGUUACUACUUUCCUACAAGACUUUUUGCUUCGGGACAAGGGGAGUGUUUGCACAGAAAUCCUUUUUCUGGGAGAGUCUCUUCCCAGCCUUGAGCUGGAAGCUGUGUUCAAAUGCUAUUCACCCUACACAACUUUCUUUUAUGGCUCCGUACUGAACUCUGAAGAUCUGGAAAGAGUUCGGAUGGAGUCUGCAAAUGCAUGUCUCAUUCUAGCAGAUGUUUGCUCUCCAGAACCCUACACUGAAGACAUUUCCAAUAUCAUGAGAGUGCUGUCAAUCAAGAAUCACUACCCCAAAACAAGAGUCAUUUUACAGAUAAUUCAGUCUCGUAACAAGGUAUACCUGCCAAACAUACCCAACUGGGACUGGACGAUGGGAGACAGCAUCAUCUGCUUUGCUGAGCUGAAGUUAGGCUUCAUUGCACAGAGCUGCCUGGUUCCCGGUUUGUCCACUCUCCUAACCAGUUUGUUCAUCGGGAAAGAGAAUAGUGAGACAAAGAGAAAACAUCUGAAGGACAAGAUGCUUCUGGGAGACAAAGACUACAAAGUAAUGACUUUUCAGCUCUCCAAUGAUUUUGCAGACAUGUCUUUUAUAGAGGUUUGUCGGUUGUGCUUUGUAAAACUGAACCUUGUCCUCUUGGGGAUUGAGCUCAAGUUUGGCAGUCAAGGAGAGAGCGCUAUCCUGAUCAAUCCAUCUCCACAGAUAAAGCUUCGCCGGAAUACAAUGGGGUUUUUUAUUGCUCAUUCCUUUGCAGAAGUCAUAAGGGCCCAUUUUUAUUGCAAAGCUUGUCACAGUGAUAUACAGGAUCCAGAGCAGAUUGAAAAAUGUCAGUGUGGAAGCAAACCUCACUCAAAAACUUUCUCGGAGAAACUGAAAUGCUAUGGAGAAUCGCUUGUUUUGGAUGGAGAGCCUGCGAAGUCAAGGUCCCUUAGUGCCCUUCCACCUCAGAGAUUUGUUGAUGGGGUCCCAAAUGCCCUGGAGGAGGAGGGCAGCGGAGUCUCCUUGUAUUUAACAGGAAGGUUCCACUGGUGUGAUGCUGUUCCGCUGCGUGAUGCUCUUCUGAGUUGCAAGAACCAAGCAGUGCUGUACCUGCAGGAUCACAUUUUGGUCUGCGUCUUUGGUGAUGCAAACUCACCACUGAUCGGGCUGCAGGACUUCGUGAUGCCCUUACGAGCGAGUAACUUCCUUUACCAUGAGUUGAAAGACAUUGUUUUACUUGGGCCCUUGGAAUAUCUGCAGAGAGAAUGGAAAUUUAUUCAGAAUUUCCCAAAGGUGUGGUUGUUCUCGGGUAGUGCUCUCUCCUGUGCGGAUCUGAAGGCAGUCAAUGUCCAGCAUUGCGCUGCUUGUGUCAUCCUGUCUUCCAACACCCCUAUCUCAAACAAUCCUUCCUUGGUGGACACAGAAAGCAUCCUAGCCACUCUCAACGUCCGAUCCAUGGAGGCUAAGCCCAACUCGUCCUCACUGGAUGCUGUUUUCAGAGCAACCGCAUUGGGGAAUCAAUCAGAGCCAUGUUAUAAAAGGAUCCCCAUCACUACAGAGCUGAAGUUUUCACCAAAUGCCCACUUCAUUAAUCAGGCUCCCAGCAGCAGUUCUGACAUUCCAGAGGAAGAUCUGCUUUCCCCCACCGCUGCCCCUGCAGGAGCUAUUUUCUCAGAUAGCUUCUUGAAUUCUCUUUUGUCUAUGACCUACUACAACCAUCACAUCUUGGCUUUGCUGCAGGCUUUGGUGACAAGCAGGACAAACCCAGCGUUGGAGCAGCUGGGGGAAGAGGACAGUAGGCUGAGCAGAAGCCUGGAUGACGUGGCCCAAAACCCAUUCCAAGUCAGGUGCAAGCUGGCGCUGCUGCCGCUGUCAGGGAGGUUGUUGUCGGGGGCCGCGGGGGAUUCCUUUGGAGACGUCUACUGCAAAGCUUUAGACAUGUUUGGAAUACUCUGCUUUGGCCUCUACCGGCUGAUGGAGGAGCCCAAUCCAUACAAGAACAGGUUUGUGAUUGCUCGGCCCGCCAGUGAUUUGGAGAUGUUGCCUACAGAUCUGCUCUUCUCUAUCGUUCCAUUCAACAUUGCAACUGACGACCCGUGAGAAGAAAUGCAGAGUUGGUUACCAAGCAAGAAAGCAGGUACUACAGGCACCUCCGUGCCAGAACUGUGAGGCUGCAAAGUGCCCCGCAAAUAAAGAACUGUAGAAGUGAUUGAGAUCCCACAAUAAUUUUUCAGUGUACUUAUUUCUUAGGGGGGCAGUGGGUAGUUUAAAUUCGGCCAGCACGAGACCAGCAUUGAAAGCAGUAUCAUUAAGCUCCAACCACAGUGCCUAUCAGAAAGUAAAAUACCUGCAAAGGGCAAAAAAUUGAGUUUCUGCUGAGCAUAAAACAGAUCCAAGUGUAUUCAAACACAAUACCCCAUCAAGCAUAGAGACACUCUGCUGAACAACUCAGUUCAAAGACUACAGCACUCUAAAGUGUACUUUUCUUGCAUACAGAACUGAAGAUGCUGGAUUGAUAUACAUUUAAAAACAAAACAAACAACCCCAAAUAAUCCCCCAUUUACUUAUGCC